GGGUUUUAUAUUCAAUAAACGAUGCCUAAAACCCUAACAACCAAACCUAAAAAAAAUUGAAAUCGAAUUUUUUUUUCUCCGAUCAUCACAAAGAAUUAAAAACAUGAGAGCUUUAGACGAGACAGAAAUGGACGCUGUGUUCAAGAAGCUCUACGCAUUCACAGGCAGCAAUCUGAAGAACAUAGUGGAUAACCCAUCACACGAAGGACCCGACCCGAACCCAGGUCGGUACUGCUUCAGGCUUCACAAAAACAAGGUAUUUUACGCCAGUGAGGCAUUAGUGAAGCGAGCGACAAAUAUAAGUCGGAAGAAUUUAGCUUCACUGGGCACUUGUAUCGGCAAAUUUACUCAUGGAGGUAGCUUUCAUUUAACAAUUCAAGCAUUGAAUUUAUUGGCUGCUAAUGCUAAGCAUAAAGUUUGGCUCAAACCGACGUCGGAGCAGUCGUUUUUGUAUGGGAAUCAUGUUUUGAAAGGCGGAUUAGGGAGGAUUACUGAUAGUAUUUCGAAGAAUGAUGGGGUUGUCGUUUUUUCGAUGUCGGAUGUACCGUUAGGGUUUGGUUCUGCUGCGAAAUCGACUCAGGAUUGUAGGAAGUUGGAUCCUAAUGGAAUUGUUGUUCAUCAUCAGUCUGAUAUUGGUGAAUAUUUGAGAAUGGAGGAUCAGCUUUGAGAAUGAGAAAAAAAAGGGGUCAAUUUCGGGUUUGAGGGAGCUUUCGAAAAUGUGACGAUGCUGGUUUAUUGUGACAUUAUCUAUAGUUAAUGUAAGUCUGUCAUUUAUCUAAUUCUUGAAUAUCAUGAGUUUUGUGCUUUAAUAUUUUUAAUUGGAAUUAUAAUGAAUUGAGUUUUCAUGUA